GAGAUGCCGGCGUGGGACACGACCAGGUUAAAGGUCAAGUAGUCGGUGGGCAGCGGCAAUGCUCUCGCCCUGGUUAGCCAGGUGGUGGUGGUGGUGGGGCAAAGUGUGCUUAAUCGCAGUUAAAAAUAGACCUGAUCCCUCCAGCACACCAGGUCAGAGGUCACGCAGUAAUUAAUCCCCUGGCAACAAUUAACCCUCCACUGUGUCCUUGCCAUUCACAAUGAUGUCGUUCAAAGACUUGACUCCGCCUCCUCUUCCUCCUCUCGGCUUUUUUGUACUCGCUGCCCAUAUAAGGAGCGCCAGAUCUCUUUAUAUUGAGAAAAGUAGUCCCGCGUCACAUGUCAAGUACUGAUGUUACUGCGCGUAACACCCCCACGACCCCUAAAUGUCUGUUUGGUGUUUGUAUGUUUGGCACACUUUAAAUGUUUUUCUUCAGCGCGUUGAGCAUCUGGAAAAGAUCAGCGAAAACAUGGCGUUUAGAACCUGGACCUACAUUCUACCGCGGAGGAGGCUGCUUGGCUGAGCGUUGGGGGAGGGGCUUGUGCGGGAUGUGUAGAAUGUAACUUUGUAACUUUGCAAAUGUCUGCUCAGUAAGUCUGUCCGUCGUCUUCUCGGUGCUUCCAUCGCGGCGAGGAGGAAACUGCGCGGCCAUCAGCAGGCGGCGAGACUUCUUGCUAAAACUAGCUGCUUAGCCCGUUAGCUCAUGUAGCUUUAGCGCGUCCGUUAGCAGACUCUGUCCCACCGGAAGCUCGCAGCGCCGCGGGACCUUCGUCCUGCCAGCGCCUGGAGGCUUGGAAAUGGGCACCAGAACCGGAACCGCCGCCGAGGCGGACGGGGGCCGGUUUGAAGUCCGGCAGUACGAAGCGGAGGUGAUCGACAGCGGCUCGGAGCAGGACUCUGACUCCGGGGAGGACGAGGAUCCUGCCCGGGCCAGGAGAGGCGUCAAGCGGGAAAGGGACGAAUGGGCACUCGGUCACCAGGCCGCCACCCCCUCCGCGGGUCUGAGCGGGGGUCACGUCGGGGUGACCGCGGGGAUGCCGGCAGCAAAGCCCGGCAAGAAAACGCGCGGGAGGGUGAAGAUCAAGAUGGCGUUCAUCGACAACAAACUGAGGCGAUACACAACUUUUAGCAAGAGGAAGACCGGCAUCAUGAAGAAGGCCUACGAGCUGUCCACGCUGACGGGCACCCAGGUGUUGCUGCUGGUGGCCAGCGAGACGGGCCACGUGUACACCUUCGCCACCAGGAAGCUGCAGCCCAUGAUCACCUCGGAGACGGGCAAGGCUCUGAUCCAGACCUGCCUCAACUCCCCCGACUCGCCACCGCGCUCCGACCCGUCUUCCGACCAGAGGAUGAGCGCCACGGGCUUCGAGGAGACCGACCUCACUUACCAAGUGAGCGAGGCCGAUGGUUGCCCCGACGUUGCCAAGGAGCUCAACAAAGCUGCAUUCACCAAUUCCAAUAUGGCGUGCAGCACCACCUCGUCCCCCGCGACCAUGCAGGUGCAGACUAGCCCCGCCUCCUGGCAGCCCUCCUCCACCAACGGGGGGGUGUUGAAGACGUCUGCAGGCGUUGUCUUUCCUGCCGGCUUUACUUUGAUGUCAGGUGGGUCUCUGCCCCCCGGCACGCACACCAUCCCGCUCAGUCAGCUGCAGGGUCCCGUGGGCCCCGGCGUCACGCUGCAUGCCCCACCCCCUCAGCCAACUACGCUGCUCCGCCUCCCCACGACCGUGUCACUGUCAGGGGGUGGAGUUGCCCAGCAGCUGCAGAGCGUCCAGUCCAGCAGCACGCCAACCUCCGCCAAACAGAGCAGCUCUGACGUCCGUAGCCCCGCCUCCUCUGCAGCCACUGUGGUCACCUCUUCCUCCUCCGUCGCCGCUCACAUGAUGUACCCCGGAGGUCACACGGUCAUGUACGCCACCCCCACGUCCGCUCUCGGCGACGGCCUCGCCGUUCUCAACACCUUCUCUCAAGCAGGCCACGCCCAGUCACAUGACUCUGCGUCCGUCCCGCAGGUCUUCCUGGCGUCUCUCCCCCCGGUCGCCGCCCAGAUCCCUGUCUCAGCCGUGCAGCUGCACCCGAUGGUGAUCGGUCCGCAGAGCGGCGCCGGUGGCGGCAACCUGACAGAGCUGCAGGUGGUCAGCGUGGACGUGCAGCAGGCGAAAGAAGACUGACCACUUCCUGUUCACCUAUUUUUUAUCUUGGGGAAAAGAACAAAUAUUCUUUCUACUCCUCUCUUCCUCUUAUUGUGAAAGGAUGUCAUUGACGUGAACGUACCAACUGACAUCAUUCUCACCGACAAAGUGCCAAAAAUGGAUUCUUUCCUUACGCCUGAAUACCCCGCCCAUGAUGUGGCGUUCAAGGACACCUGAACCUUCCUGUCUAUGCAGCACUUGCCUGGACUGAUCAAUAAAUACUCCUCCUUGACUGCAGGCCCUCCCAUGUCACAGGACUCAUCAUUCAUGUGACGCCAGGGGGCACACGUCUGUUACCCUCACCUCAAGUCUUAAUAUAAGCAACAAACAUUGAAUCAUGUGUUGUUAUAAUAACAAAACAAGACAUCAUCUCCAUGUACUUCUGCAACCUUCUUUUGUUUUUUUUUAUAAACUUUUAUUUAUUAAUUUCAACAUUUAUAAACAGUUGAGAAAUAAUAAUCAAAGUAAGUACAAAACAGCGCCAGGGGGUUGUAAAUUCAAAGAAACUAAAAUACAAUGCAAAAUAUAUAUGUAUGUACAUAUAAAUAUAUGUAUGUACUUCAACCAGCUGCUAUGGGGCGGCAAAUAUGAUGUCACAUCUGGAGUCGCGGCUGAUGUUUUUUAGGAUUGCGCUCAGAAAAAGUAAAAAACAAGCCAUUAUACAUAUACUUUUUUAAAGACUGGGUUAAAUAAAAGAAAAUAGAGCAUGGUUCCAUCUCGGUCCACACUCCAUAUCAGAAGAUGCCACCACAACCAUAGACAUGUUGUAGGUGUAAGCAGCAUGGAGCGCUACUGCCUGCUGGCGCUGACGAGACGCAGGGCCGCCAUCUUGGAGUGGUGAUCAGUGCAAUUCAUUCAUCUUACCUCACUCGAUACCACUCAUUUUCACCCACUUUUUUGUCAUACGUGUAGCUAUGAUGAAGGACACAUGUUUUUGUAUUCAUAGUUUGCUUAACAGUAAUAGAAUAUUCUUAUAUGCUAUAAGUGACCAGAUGUCCCAGAUCAAAACUGGGAAUAUAAUCCCAAGGAAGGGGGAAAAACUAUUUUUAAAUUGAAGAAACAAUAUGAUGAUGUUAUAUAUACAUGCUACAUAAACAAUGUAUGAAUACAUUCGAUAUAACUAUAUAUCUUAUAGACUGUAUCUCUUGCUGCAGCAGAGAUUUUAUUCUGUCUUGACACUUUGUAUUGAUAUUUUAUAUUACAUUCUUCCCUUAAAUGA